AUCAAACCAUAGCUUAGAGAUAAAGUCAAUUUAUAAAACGCCAGAAUCCAAAAUAAUCCAGACACGAAAGUAAACAGUUAAAAUGUCAAACAUAAGUACUGCGCCGUUGCGCAAGAAGAUCGGUCCGCGCUUCGAUUUCAGCCCGGCUCAAAGGGCCGACAUGCUUGAAGCCUUCAACUUAUUCGACACCGAAGGCACCGGUAAAAUCGACAUAAAAAACUUCAAAGUCGCAAUCCGUGCCCUCGGUUUCGAACCGAAAAAGGAGGAGCUGAAGAAGUUACUCGCCGAAGUGGAUAAGUACGGGACUGGCAAGCUGUCGUUCGAGAACUUCCUCCAUCUGAUGGCUACCAAGAUGGCGGAACGCGAUUCGAAGGAGGAGAUCCAGAAGGCGUUCAGACUGAUAGACAGCACGGGCUCAGGCGCGAUCACGUUCGGGGAUCUGAGACGCGUUGCCCAGGAACUGGGCGAGGACCUCACCAACGAGGAGAUCCAGGAGAUGAUCGACGAAGCCGACAGGGACGGCAACGGCGAUGUCGAGCAGGACGAGUUCAUCAAAAUGAUGAAGAAAACUACGCUAGUCAUUAAAUAGAAUGUUCCUUUUUUACAAUAAAGAUGCAAUCCCUUUAUUGACUGCA